AAAGUCUUGAAACAAGGAAGUGCAAUGUACACUAGACAAAAUGGACUUUAACUGUCAGACUGACACCAACCUGUGAAAUCAACAAAUCAACCUGCGAGAAAAAAGGCAUAAAUGAAAGGAAGCAAGAGAAGUACAUUCAGAAGCUUUUCAAACUGUGAGCUGGACGUUUGUCUGGAUUAGUUCUUGACUAAAAGGACUUGAAGAACCAGGAAAUCAAUCUGCCAUCUCAGGAUCUUUCUCUAUCUCUCUUGUUGCUUUCACUGUUUUAUGAACAAGCCACAAAAAGGAAGGAAGGAGUUUGUAACAGUGCAUGAGAGAGUGAGAGAGGGAGGGACAUACAACAGGCUUAUAUACACUGUCAGGACGACCUGCUCUUCAAAGCACCGAAAACACUGUUUACGUUUCGAGAGAGGAGAAGCAGAGAGGGCAGAGGAGGAUAUUGAAGAGGAACAUUUGAAAUAGGAAGAUGGUUCGGUGGUUCCACAGAGAUCUGUCUGGAAUAGACGCAGAGACCGUUUUGAAGACCCGAGGCGUCCAUGGCAGCUUCCUGGCCCGACCCAGCAAGAAGAAUGCUGGCGAUUUCUCCCUGUCUGUUAGAGUGGGGGAAAUAGUCACGCAUAUUAGGAUUCAGAACACGGGUGAUUAUUAUGACCUUUACGGCGGGGAGAAGUUUGCUACGUUAGCCGAGUUGGUGGAGUACUACACUGGAGAUCAUGGAACUCUACAGGAUAAAGAUGGGACCGUUAUUGAGCUCAAAUACCCCUUAAACUGUUCUGAUCCCACCACUGAGAGGUGGUACCAUGGCCACCUGUCGGGUCCAAGCGCUGAGAAGCUGCUCCGUGAGCGCGAUGAGCCCGGGACGUUCCUGGUUAGGGAGUCGCUCUCUAAACCAGGAGACUUUGUUCUGUCUGCUCUCACCGGUGAUAUGAGCAGUGUUGGUAGGAAGGUCUCCCAUAUCAAGAUCAUGUGCAACAAUGACCGCUACACAGUUGGUGGUAAAGAGAAUUUUGACACUUUGACAGACCUCGUGGAGCAUUUCAAACGCACUGGUAUUGAGGAGUUGUCUGGGACAAUGGUUUAUCUCAAACAGCCUUAUUACUCCACGAGGUUGAACGCAGCUGAUAUUGAGAGCAGAGUAAAGCAGCUCGACCAAACCUCAGAGAGAGAGAACAUGGAUGGGGCUGAUAAAAAGAUAAAAGCUGGGUUCUGGGAAGAGUUUGAUGCUCUGCAGAAGUUGGAAACUAAGGUAACGAAGAGCAGAGAUGAAGGAAUGAGACCAGAAAACAAAAGCAAAAACAGAUACAAGAACAUCCUUCCCUUUGAUGAAACCAGGGUUAUCCUACAGAGCGGUGAUCCCAAUGUUGUCGGCUCUGAUUACAUCAAUGCCAACUAUGUUGUAAACAAAUUAAUGGAUAUUAAUCACCAGAAGAUUUACAUUGCUUGUCAAGGCUGCCUCGCAACAACUGUAGGCGAUUUUUGGCAAAUGAUGUGGCAAGCAGAGUCACGAGUAAUCGUCAUGACAACAAGGGAGGUUGAGAAAGGACGGAAUAAGUGUGUGCCAUACUGGCCUACUGUUGAGGGAGAGUCAAAGGACGUAGGCAGAUAUAUAGUGACGUUACUGAAUGAGAAGGAUGCCACUGAUUACAAGAUCAGAGUGAUGGAGCUCACAUCAACGUAUCGGAAAGAGCCAGCUCGGACCAUUUGGCACUACCAGUAUUUGAGCUGGCCGGAUCACGGCGUGCCACAAGAGCCCGGUGGAGUGCUUAGCUUUCUGGAGCAGGUCAACAUGAAACAGAAUGAACUCACCUCAUCUGCACCCAUGGUCAUCCACUGCAGUGCUGGUAUUGGACGAACAGGAACCAUUGUAGUAAUCGACAUGCUUUUAGAAUCGAUUGAUGCUAAAGGUUUGGACUGUGACAUCGACAUCCAGAAGUGUAUUCAGAUGGUCCGAGACCAGCGGUCUGGCAUGGUGCAAACUGAAGCCCAGUACAAGUUCAUCUACUUGGCUGUGCUACAGUAUAUAGAUACGAAUACUGUCACACGAAAGGCUGUCAUGGAAACAGAAACUGAAUAUGGAAACCUUUCAAUUCAGUCUAAACACCAGAAAGCCAGUCGCAAAGCCUCUGCAAAAAAAAAUGAAGAUGUUUAUGAAAAUCUGGGAGCAAAGGGAAAGAAAGAUGUCAAAAAGCAGAAAUCAGAGGAAAAGAAGAGUGGAUCGGUCAGGAAACGAUAAAAAUAACACGAAAAGAUGAGAUUUAAUUGUGCUUCGUAAAUGCCAAAAUAUGUGAUCUUAUCCAACGAAUCUUGCUAUAUUGUUUUCUCUGUGUAUUCUUUGUGUCAUUUUUUAAUAUCUAGUAAAAAUUUGUUGUUGAAGUAAAUUCACUAAGCUGCAAUUGAUUUAUAAAUCAUCCACUCGUUUUCAGUUUUAAUAAAAGUCCUUUUCAAAGACUGUU